AGCGGAGUUACGUCGCGAGUUGCACAAUCAGCUGAGGCGCAGCGCAUAGAGGGGAGGAAGAGGAGGAAGAUGGAAGGCAACAGAGACGAGGCGGAGAAAUGUAUCAACAUAGCUAGAAAAGCAUUGGAGGCCGGCGACAGAAACAAAGCGCUCAAGUUUUUAAACAAAGCCCAGAAGCUGUUCCCCACGGAUACGGCGAAAGUUCUGCUGGAUGCACUCACAAGUAAUGGGACAUCUGCUGGGAAUGGUCCCCGCUGUCGAAAGGCUGAAGAAAGCUGUAAUGGGAAAAAGUCUAAAUCUGAAACUGAUAACGCAACACCAAGCUCUGGAGAAGCAGCAAAGACCUUCACACAGGAACAGCUAGAAGGAGUACAAAGGAUAAAGAAGUGUAAGAAUUAUUAUGAAGUCCUGGGAGUAGGCAAAGAUGCUAGUGAGGAGGAUUUGAAGAAAGCCUACAGAAAGCUUGCCUUGAAAUUUCAUCCAGACAAGAACCAUGCACCUGGAGCUACAGAGGCAUUCAAAAAGAUCGGAAAUGCAUAUGCUGUGCUCAGUAACGCAGAAAAGAGAAAACAAUACGACCUAACGGGCAGUGAAGAUGUUGCCAACAAUUCUCAUGGUCGUGGUGGAGGAUUCGAUUUCCAUAGAGGCUUUGAAGCUGACAUAACCCCCGAGGACCUCUUUAACAUGUUUUUUGGUGGUGGAUUCCCUUCAAGCAGCGCCUCUACUUUUGCUAAUGGUCGUACCAGAUACACCAAUCAGUAUGGACACCAAACAAGACCAGAGCGAGACGACGAGAGAGCAGAUGGAGGUUUUUCGAUGUUCAUUCAGCUGAUGCCUAUUGUGGUUCUCAUUCUGAUCUCUGUUUUAAGCCAGCUGAUGGUGUCAACUCCACCUUACAGCCUUUAUUCCAGACCGGCAACGGGACAAACGAUCAAGCGCCAGACAGAGAACUUGCACAUACAUUAUUUUGUCUCUAAAGAUUUUAGAUCAGAAUAUAAAGGGGCUUCGCUACAACAGAUUGAGAAGAGCGUUGAAGAGGACUAUGUUACCAAUGUUCGAAAUAACUGCUGGAAAGAGAGACAAACAAAAACUGACUUGCUGUAUGCAGCCAAAGUGUACAGAGAUGAACGGCUGCGGAAAAAGGCAGAAAUAAUGAGCAUGGAAAAUUGUAAGGAAUUGGACAGACUAAAUAAUCUCUUUCGAGGAGGAUGAUUGCACCUUCUCUGCUUCCUGUUGUUCUUUGUGUCUUGUCCUGGAUUCUUUAUUUGCGACAGCGUCAAACGGUAUAGCAGCCUUAUGUUGGAAAUCUCUUUGGCCUCCCUCCAAAUGCCUUGCUGAAUUUUUAUUUAUGGAUGUUUUUUAAACUUGGAUGGAAAACACGUCCUUGUUGUGCACCAUUUCCUCUCAAGAAUCCCACAACUAUUUCAAAAAACCGAAUACAAAAAGAGAGAGAUGUUUCAACCUGGGCUUUCUGGGUCCAUCAGGCACACAAUGCCAGUCGUUUAAUCAUUUAUUUAUUUUCUUGAAUUGUCCGUUAGAAUGGUUUGUUGUUAAAUUAGAUUUCAGCCCAAAAUUAAACUUAAAUGUCGCAUGACUAAACCCUCCUUCUCGGUUUCUUUUGCUACCCUUUUGUGGCAGAGGCAGGUUCUCUCAAAUGACAAAAAAAUAAAAGCCUACAUUAACGCACUCGUAGACUGUCACAUAUAUUCAUAUUUUCAUUCUAAAGCUUUUGAUAGUUAUUGUAUCUUCAAAAUAAAUCUAUAUUAGUAUAUAAAAUAGAUAUACGUAGCUUACUCAAACAGUGCAAUAUUUUGUUUUUGUGCCGUUUUACAGAGAUCAACAACAACAAAAAGAAUGUGGACUAAUAUCUGACGAAAUCAAAUAAGCUGUAGAAGCCUCAGGAAGCAAAAUUAUUAUGUAUUUAAAGAAAAUAAAUAAAAAAUAGUUGUAAGGUAGGUGCGCAUGAGAGGGCAAAUGAAGCACACAAGAACAAAAAAAAAAAAAAAAAAUGUGCCCCCCACAAGCCCCCCCCCCCAAAUGACCAACCGGCCGCCAUCUUUCUUGAGAUUAAAUGAAGCACUCAAGAUUGCGCCGAGCCUGUGCUUCUGUUACACAAAUAGGCGUGUUGCGCCCCCCCCCCCCCAUUCUCGAAUUGUUGUGGGGGUUGAAUUGACUUUUUUGGUGGAAAGCAUUAUAAAUGGCAAAUAAAGCAUGAGGUCAUUUUUUUUAACAAAUAAAUAAAUAAAGCCUUUUCUUUAAGACAAGACCCCCCCCCCCCUUUUUUUUUUUUUUUAAUGCUUGCUUAAAAAUGUUCCAAUUGCCAUUUUUGAAAAGCAGUGCAAUCCAGUCCUGCUGUCCACCUAACCCGCACAGGCCAAAAUCUGCUUAAUGAGCGAAUGCUUUAUACCUCGGACUCGUGUGUGGGACGGCAGACGACGACACUCCAGGACCACGUAAACCACAAAGCCACGUCUCUAGAAAAACAUUCACCGGAAUAGGAGAGGAUUUGUUUUGUGACUUUAAAUGCAUCCAAACGCGCGAGAAUCUGGUGUAUUGGAAGGAUCUUCAGAAGGCGAUGGGUGUCUUGAUUCGGCCAGCUUCACAUCAAACGGUGGCCCGCUGGGAGGCACAAGUCGCAUCAAAGACUGUUUGUUAGCAGCCCCCCUAUGAUAGAAUCGGUUAACCUUUGUUUACAUCAUCUUUACCCAACUUGGCAGAAUUAAGCAUUUUAGAAAAAACCUUAACUUGAAACUUUUUAAAGAGCGACUCUGUAGCCUUCUAUUAUUAGAAAUAUAUAUAUACAUAUAUAUAUAUAUAUGUAUUUAUGGAAAAUCGAGUAUGACAAAUGUAUUUAUUCCUUAUAUUAAGGAUCAAAUGAAGGAAGUAGCUUUUCUGUUUGUGUUCUUGUUGCAUGUUUCUCCUUCACCUCUGAACUGUUCCGACACGUUCUGCUGUUUUAUCCUUGACUUCCUGUGCAUGUGGCACAAUAUCAGCUGUACCUGAACCAAACGGGUGAUCUUUAGUUCUCUUUUUUUUAUCAUCUUUCAAUUGCAAUAAAUCUUUGGCCAGCUCCAUUGUAAUUUAUUAACUGUGAAAUAUAUUUAAUGUACUAAAUCCCUUGGAAAAAGAUCUAAAAAUAAAAUUAUUUUGAGUGUGAA